GCAGUGAAGCCUUCGGAGCCGAUGUGCCGCCGAGUAUGCUUCGAGCUUGCCCCGAAAAGGUGAGUUCUAUCGAAGUUAUCUCCGUGAGUGAGGCUCGAGCUCGGGCGUGUCCCCGAUGCUUCGAGGGUAAGAACUGCAACAGUCGGACGAACUGUCGACACAUGCACCCCGAUUUCAUGAACGGGGAAGCGGAUUGUUCCGGGUUUGAUUUCGCACAUGGUUCCGAGGCACCUGCCAGCAUCCUCGAAGUUGCUGGAAAUCAACGUGGUGAUACCUUCGAUGAAGCCAUGUGGUCUGCGGUUAGAUUACAAAAGCAGCUUCGAGGUGAUCGAGCCCCGUUUGCUUAUGAUGCUCCUGCGGGCGACAAAAUUCGACAAAUUUCCCGCGGUUACAUCCUCAAUGGAUGUCUCCGAAGAUGCUGUGCGAGUUCGAGCAGAAGAAGAAGGACACCGGCAGCGUCUUGGUCAGAUUCCCGCAGAUCGAUCACUCCUCGACGGAGCGAUCCACGAGGAAGGCACCAGCUGUAA